AUUAAUUACAAUGGUUUACUGUUGGAUUGGACAAAGAUGAAGGUGAGUUCCCUCAGCGUGCAUGGAGACACGGGUAGCUCUUCCUUCUUCUUCUUCAUCUUCUUCAUCAAAUACAUGCUUUCAUUCUUUUAUUUCCUUCAAUCCUAUCCCCUAAUAAAGAAGACUCCUUAUUUGUGAGCUUCUUCUAUGAGUAUGAGAUGAGCGCCUACUUUCAUCGACCACUCCCAAACAACCUCACCUGGUGUCCCAUAAAUUCAUCCACCAUCACCCAAUGCAUCAACUUUUCCCAAAAUCCCAUUCAACUCAAACAAAUUCACUGCCUUCUUAUCAAGUUCCCAUCCAAAUCCCUACAUCUCCCCCCUCUCUUCCCCAAGUUACUCACCCGCCUGCUUCGGUUUCCAUCUGACAAUCACUUCUACGCCCGCCACCUGUUCGACCAAAUACCCAACUGUACAAAUCACUUCACUUGGAACUCUCUCAUUAGCUAUUGUCUUCACCAUUACCAUUUUGGCCAGUCCAUAUCCUUGUAUGCUAGAAUGCACAAGGCAGGCAUUCUGGAAUCCGAGUUCACCUUUUCAUCGGUGCUCUCAGCCUCCGCUCGUAUACCUGUGCUAUAUUUAGGAAGACAAGUUCACGCUAGGGUAAUUCAGUUGGGUUUCUUAACUAACAAGAUCGUGCUAACUUCGCUGAUGGAUAUGUAUGCUAAAUGUGGAUUCAUAUCGGAUGCUAAGAGUCUGUUUGUUGCAAUAGAUGAUAAGGAUAUUGUUGCUUGGACUUCUAUGAUUCGUGGGUAUUCUAAGCUGGGAAUGAUGGAUGAUGCACAAGAGUUGUUUGAUAAAAUGGAGGAGCGGAAUUCAUUCUCUUGGACAACUAUGGUGGCUGGGUAUGCCAACUGCGGCAACAUGAAAGCUGCAAAGCUGUUAUAUGAUGCAAUGCUAGAGAAAAAUCCAGUUUCACAGCUUGCCAUGAUAGCAGGAUAUGGGAGGUGUGGCGAUGUAGCAGAAGCCGAAAGGAUUUUUGGUGGAAUACUGGUACCAGAUUCAUCGUGUUGUGCCGCAAUGGUGGCUUGUUAUUCUCAAAAUGGGUAUGCAAAGGAGGCCAUUGACAUGUACAAGCAAAUGAAAGAAGAAAAUUUGGGAACCAACGAGGUAGCAAUUGUAGGAGCAAUAUCCGCUUGUGUUCAACUUGGGGAUGUUGAGAUGGCGAGCAAAUUGAUUGACCAGGUUGAUGAAGGGUGCUGUGAUCGGACUCUAUUUGUCUCCAAUGCAUUGAUCCACAAGCAUUCGAAGUUUGGUAAUAUUGAAAAGGCACAAGAAGAAUUCAAUAGAAUGAAGGAUAGAGAUGUUGUAACUUAUAGUACGUUGAUCAUAGCCCUGGCUGACCAUGGAAAAGCCAAAGAAGCCUUGGAUUUGUUCUCCAAGAUGGAAGAAGAAGGCAUAAAGCCAAAUCAAAUUUGUUUCAUUGGCGCACUAAAUGCAUGUGCCCAUGCAGGGUUGAUUGAACAAGGAUGCAAGUAUUUUGAACUUAUGAGGAAGGGUUUUGGCAUUGAGCCACAGAAGGGUCAUUAUGCCUGCAUGGUCGAUCUCCUUGGCAGAGCUGGUGAGGUUGAAAUGGCAUACAAUAUUAUUAAGGGAGCGAGGGAAAUUGAUGCUAAAACAUGGGGGUCAUUGCUAGGAGCUUGCAAGAUCCAUGGUAAUUUGGAGGUGGGGGAGAUUGCUGCUAAACAUCUAUUUGAAAUGGAACCUGAGAAUACUGGAAAUUACGUACUUUUGGCGAAUACAUAUGCUCAGAUGAAGGAAUGGAAUGAAGCAGAGAAGGUUAGGAAGAUGAUGGUUGAAAGAGGAAUCAGAAAAUUUCCUGGAUAUUGCUGGGUUUCAAGAUCUUCAUGAAAAUGGAAACUGGCGUUCUUAACUAAUUAGGCGUUCUUAGUGUUUGUGCAUAUGAGUAUGGCAAGUCAAUUAGUGGAAAAAUUAUGUAAUUAGUAAGCUCAAUAUAAGACGACAUAUGUAAUUUAAACUUUAAUGGUAACAAUCUGAUUGUAAUUUAUGCCAAAAGAACAAAUGAUUCUACUGAUGAUUAGCUAAUCCAAGCCCGCUCUUCGGAACUCUGUAAAA